CUUGAAGACGAGAGAACAAGCCCCAGGGAGGCAUCUACAGGCGCCUCGCUGGUCUUCCUGACCCCAAACUCGGGUUCCCAGCCACCUCCUCCCUGAUGAAAGAGUCAUCUUUCUAAGUCUCGAGAUGUCACCCCUCUGCGCAAAUCCCGCACUCCCCUGGAGACCUUCAAAAAGGUGGGGGUCCCCAUCAUCGCAGCACUGCUGAGCCUGGCGACCAUGGUCAUCGCAGCCGUCCUCAUCAAGGUGAUUCUGGACAAGUACUACUUCCUCUGCGGACGGCCUCUCCACUUCAUCCCGAGGAGGCAGGUGUGUGACGGCCGGCAGGACUGCGCCUCCGGGGAGGACGAGCAGCUCUGCGUCAGGAACUUCCCCGAUGAGCCCCCAGUGGCAGUCCGCCUCUCCAGGGACCGGUCCACCCUGCAGGUGCUGGACCCGGCCGCCGGGACCUGGGGCUCUGCCUGUUUCGACAACUUCACCGAAGCUCUGGCCAAGCUAGCCUGUGGGCAGAUGGGCUAUGACAGCAACCCCACCUUCCAAGCCGUGAGGAUUGGCCCAGACCAAGACCUGGAAGUUGUUGGAAUCACAGAGAACAGCCAGGAGCUUCAGGUGCGAAACCGAAGCGGGCCGUGUCUCUCGGGCUCCCUGGUGUCCCUGCGCUGCCUCGCCUGUGGAGAGAGCCUGAAAGCCCCCCGGGUGGUGGGCGGGAAGAAGGCCUCGGCGGGCGCCUGGCCUUGGCAGGUCAGCCUCCAGUACGACAGACAGCACAUCUGCGGAGGGAGCGUCCUGGACGCCCACUGGGUCCUCACGGCGGCCCACUGCUUCAGGAAGCAUCUGGAUGUAUCCAGCUGGAAGGUGAGGGCGGGCUCAGACAAAAUGGGCAGCUUCCCGUCCCUGCCGGUGGCCAGCAUCUUCGUCACCGAGGUCAACGCCACGCACCCCAAAGAGAAGGACAUCGCCCUCGUGAAGCUGCAGUCUCCACUCACGUUCUCCGGCACAGUCAGGCCCAUCUGCCUGCCCUUCUUUGAUGAGGAGCUCACCCCAGCCACCCCGCUCUGGGUCACUGGAUGGGGCUUUACGGAGCAGGGUGGAGGAAAGAUGUCCGACGAGCUGCUGCAGGCGUCCGUGCAGGUCAUCGGCCACGCGCGGUGCAACGCGGAGGACGCGUACCAGGGCGAGGUCACGGACAAGAUGCUGUGCGCCGGCACGCUGGAGGGCGGCGUGGACACCUGCCAGGGUGACAGCGGCGGGCCUCUGAUGUAUCACGCUGACAAGUGGCAGGUGGUGGGCGUCGUGAGCUGGGGCCACGGCUGCGGGGGCCCGAGCACCCCGGGGGUGUACACCAAGGUCACAGGCUAUCUCGACUGGAUCUACAGCGUCCGGAAGCAAAGGACCUCCAUUCCUGCAAAAAGACCUCACAGGCCACCGGCCCCCAGAAGAAAGCCUGCAGCCCCAGCUCAGCCACGGCUGAGGCUCCAAGCCCCCCGAGAAGACAGACCCAGCCCACCGAACAGGCCAGCCUUCCCGCCAACACCUCAUAAGGCACUGCUCAGCCAAGAAGGGACUUUCCUCCUCUAGACUGUCCGGUGAGAACCCAGACCACCAAGGGCUGGAGUGGAAGGAGGAGGGGUCUGAGCCGGCCCUCGCCUCCUCCACCCUCCCCCAAGCACACUCAGAGCCAGAAACCAAAUGUGACGUAAAACGCACUGUCCUGCUCCCGACGCAGCUAUGGUUACUACUGUCGUCGUCAGCCCUACGUCUGCUGCUGUCAGAGGCGCGUGGAGUCUGGGACACAGGCUGACUGGGCGGCAGGACGAGAACCGAGCUAGGGCUCCUGCAUCAUUGCUGGGCCCGGGCAGGGAAAGGUGCCGGGGGCCCACAGAUGCUCAAAGGAGGAGAAAGGAGACCCAAGACUAGAGCUGCUGAGUGAAGGCAACAGUCAACUUGCAGGCCAGGAAGCCAGGGUGAACAUGGCUCCUCCCCACACAAGGCCUUCUCCCACUGCCCCCUUCCCGGCUCUCCUGCCUACCAUACCAGCCAUGGGCCGGAGAGAACACCCAGGACUUGGGAGGGAGGUAAUGCAGGCAUUCAAGGCUGACGGUACAUCAUGGCUCCCCCAGUGGCUGGAAACGGUACUGCACCUCUGAGUCCCAGGAGAGCCCUGGGUGUGGCUGCUUUCAUUCUUUAAAAAAAAAAAAAAAGACAUUUAU